AUGGAAAUUUUGCUGGGGGAGUUCUAUAAUGAAGAAGGGGAUGAUGGGGAUGUUGCUAUGUCAUUUUUGGCCAAAGGUGGGAACUGGAAGAAUGGCCUCAUUGUGCAGGGAAUCGAGAUUAGGCCUAAGAACUUCGCUUUGUUUCUAAUUAUUGCAGAAGAAGUUGUGGAUAUUCUUGUAAGAGAGAGAGAGAUAAAGAUGAAAAUGAUGGAAUUAAUUCUCGUAGAAGAAGUUACGGAGAUUCUUGCAAGAGAGAUAAAGAUGAAAACGACGGAAAAGAUUGAUAGUGUUACUAAGAAGCAAGAACAGGAGCUCGCUGGCGGCUGUGAAGCCCUCUCCUUCUUGAAAAGCGAAGGAGAGAGAGAGAGAGAGAGAGAGAGAGGAGGGAGGUGGAGGAAGUUGCGCACUCUGCAGCGAUAUCAAAGGCUUCCGGAAGAGUGCGUGGCGCAUGCGAUAUCGCUAACGUCUCCUCGAGAUGCUUGCCGAUCGGAGGCGGUAUCGGCGGCAUUUCAGUCGGCAGCGAGCUCUGACAAAGUGUGGAAGAGUUUCCUUCCGUCCGAUUACGCUGAGAUGCUCGCACGAGCCGUCGAUCGGGUGAAAUUCGGAUCGAUGAAGCAUCUCUACUUCCGCCUCUGCGAUCCAAUCCUCAUCGACGGCGGAAGGAUGGGAUUCUUUAUGGAUAGAGAUACCGGGGUUAAGUGCUUCAUCUUGCCGGCGAGGGAGCUUAGGAUUGUCUGGGCACAGGGAGAUACUCCACAAUAUUGGAGUGGAUUCAUCACCCUGAAUCAAGGCAAUGAAGGAGGAAGUGAGAAUGGGACAGAAAUCCUGAAUUCUUCCGAGGCAGAGAACUGCUUUAAGCCUAGACCAUUCAAUAAGCUCUGGUUCAGAUCCUCAAUAUUCAGGACAUGGAUGACUGCUUCAUUGUGGAAAACCAUAUCAGCAGUAUUCUGUAACAACAAAAAGUAUAGUUACACAAGCAGGACAGUUGAAUUGAUGGUAACAGAAACUGCUAGUAUGGAAGGCACUGCUUAUAUGGAAAUGAGUUUCAUCCUCUGUAAGAUCAAGUAUCUGUCUAAGUUUCCUCUCAACAUUGGUGCACUCAACAGUUCAUUGAUUAUGCUGACUGCUGAGAUGUUCAUUGUUCAGAAUCCAGAUGAGAUGAAUGAUAUGGCGCAUGCGAUAUCGCUAACGUCUCCUCGAGAUGCUUGCCGAUCGGAGGCGGUCUCGGCAGCGUUUCGGUCGGCAGCGAGCUCUGACAAAGUGUGGAGGAGUUUCCUUCCGUCCGAUUACGCUGAGAUGCUUGCACGAGCUGUCGAUCGAGUCGAAUUUGGAUCGACCAAGCAUCUCUACUUCCGCCUCUGCGACCCAAUCCUCAUCGACGGCGGAAGGAUGGGAUUUUUUGUGGAUAGAGAGACCGGGGUUAAGUGCUUCAUCUUGCCGGCGAGGGAGCUUAGGAUUGUGUGGGCACAGGGAGAUACUCCACAAUAUUGGAGAUGGAUUCAUCACCCUGAAUCAAGGUUUUCGGAAGUUGCUGAGCUAUUGGGUGUCUGGUGGUUGGACAUAAAAGGCAAUAUUAACUCCAGGAUGCUCUCCAAAUGGUCAAACUAUUCAGCUUAUCUUGUAUUCAAGCUAUCAAAUACUGCAAGCGGCUUAAGUUAUCCUCUCCAGGAAGCUUCUGUCACUGUAGGAGCCCUUGUCUCAAGGUUCUCGGUGCGCUUGAUGGAAGAAGAACAAUCUUCCAGGCUUCGGCCAUUUUUUCCUAGGCCUGGAUACAUGCGGAACUUCCUACGCCAUGCAAAUUUACCACAAGAGCCUCUCGAAGAUUUACUAGUCGAAACACCAAAUGAUCCAAAUGUGCCGGACGAGGCGGAUGAACUGCAACAUGAUCAAUGGCCAGACCCAAAUGAGCAAGAACGGAGGGAUCGUGGAAUGGUUGGAAAACCUCAAACAAGGUGGGAUGGGUGGAUGGAAAUUUUGCUGGGCGAGUUCUACAAUGAAGAAGGGGAUGAUAGGGAUGUUACUAUGUCAUUUUCGGAGAUCAAAGGGGGGAACUAUAAGAGUGGCCUCAUUGUGCAGGGAAUCGAGAUUAGGCCUAACAAGAUUACACGAUGGGAGUUCACCAGCAAUUUGCAGACGAAAGAAAUAGGAUUGAAGAAAAUGGGGCUCUGCGAGGGUGGGACAACCCCGCGGUUAAAUCGUGAAAUUAUGGCGUUUGGAGAGAGAGAUUGCGCAAAAGAGGAAGGAGAUUCACGGGCGGCUCAGUUCACUGCGCGAGAGGGGGGCUCGAUCAAGUUGCGUGAGAGACUGAGAGUAGGGUGGCUCACGAGAGGAGGGCUGGUCGCGGCUCAUGAUACACCUGGAUCAGACCGGUCCAUGUUCGACUUACUUGCGAGCCGACAAGGCGAUAUCCAAAGGCUUCCGGAAGAGUGCGUGGCGCAUGCGAUAACGCUAACGUCUCCUCGAGAUGCGUGCCGAUCGGAGGCUGUCUCGGCUGCGUUUCGGUCGGCAGCGAGCUCUGAUAAAGUGUGGAGGAGUUUCCUUCCGUCCGAUUACGCUGAGAUGCUUGCACGAGCCGUCGAUCGGGUGGAAUUCGGAUCGAUGAAGCAUCUCUACUUCCGCCUCUGCGACCCAAUCCUCAUCGAUGGCGGAAGGAUGGGAUUUUUUGUGGAUAGAGAGACCGGGGUUAAGUGCUUCAUCUUGCCGGAGAGGGAGCUUAGGUUUGUGUGGGGACCCGGAGAUACUCCACAAUAUCGGAGAUGGAUUCAUCUCCCUGAAUCAAGGUUUUCGGAAGUUGCUGAGCUAAGCGAUGUCUACUGGUUGGAGAUCCGAGGCAAGAUUAACUCUAGGAUGCUCUCCAAAUGGUCAAACUAUUCAGCUUAUCUUGUAUUCAAAGUAUCAAAUACUGUAAGGGGCUUAAGUUAUCCUCUCCUGGAGGUUUCUGUCACUGUAGGAGCCCAUGUCUCAGGGUUCUCGGUGCGCUUGAUGGAAGAAGAAGAAGAAUAUCCUAGGCUUUGGCCAUUUUUUCCGCCUAGAUAUAUGAAAGAUCGACUUCGACCAGUCGAGGCACCAGAUGUGCAGGGCGAGGCGGAGGAACCUCAGCAUGAUCAAUGGUCAGACUCAGAUGAGCAAGCACAGAGGGAUUGUAGAAUGGUUGGAAAACCUCAAACAAGGCAGGAUGGGUGGAUGGAAAUUUUGAUGGGGGAGUUUUACAAUGAAGAAGGGGAUGAUGGGGAUGUUGCUAUGUCAUUGUUGGAGAACAAAGGCGGGAACCGGAAGAGUGGCCUCAUUGUGCAGGGUAUCGAGAUUAGGCCUAAGAAGUAAGGAGAACAUCCUGGGAAGCUAGGUAGCUCUUUGCAUUUUCUUUCAUGUUUAGAUAGACAAUCUUUUUGAAGUUGAUAAGUCACAACUUGAUUAAGCAUGAAUUUUGAUGUAUCUGAAUGACUUUUUGAAGUUGAUAAGUCACAACUUGAUAAAUUGAUUUUUUUUUUU